AUGGCAGCCCACCACCGCAUCGCAACCCUACAGAGGCACCUGGCCUCGGUGUCGGUUUCCGAAGCGGAGCAUGGCUUGGAGAGGGUGGGCACCUCCGCCCCACAUGAUCAGACCGGGAGGCCCGCCGUGGCGGGUGGCCCCGGCAGCCUGACCGUGGUGGACAAUCGCACGGGCAGGCGGUACGAGAUCCCCAUCAGCGACCACGGCACCAUCCUGGCCACGGACCUGAAGAAGAUCACGGCCGGCGGCGACGGCGUGGGCCUGCGUCCCUUCGACAACGGCUACCUCAACGUCACCGCCUGUAAGUCUGCGGUGUCCUACAUCGACGGCGACAGGGGCGUGCUGCGCUACCGCGGCUACCCCAUCGAGCAGCUGGCGGAGCGGUCCACCUUCCUGGAGACCGCGCACCUCGUGGUGUACGGCAAGCUUCCCACCGCGCCCGAGGCCGCGCGCUGGGAGGAGGCGGUGAUGCGCCACUCCGCGCUGCCUGUGGCCGUGGAGGCUGCGCUGGCGGCCCUGCCCCACGAUGCCCACCCCAUGGGCGUGCUGCUCACGGGCCUGGCCGCGCUGUCCACCUGCCACCCGGAGCAGAACCCCGCGCUGGCGGGGCAGGCCAUCUACGCCUCGCGCGACGUGCAGGACAAGCAGAUCGUGCGCCUGAUCGGCAAGAUCCCCACCCUCGGCGCCUGGGCCUACCACGUCGCCAGCGGGCGGCGCCCCGCCCCGCCCAACCAGCGCCUGGGCUACGCGGAGAACUUCCUCUACAUGCUGGACGGCGGCGCGCGGCCCAGCUACCGGCCCAACCCGCGCCUGGCCCGCGCGCUGGACGUCAUGUUCCUGCUCCACGCCGAGCACGAGCUGAACUGCAGCACCUCCGCCGCGCGCCACCUGGCCAGCUCGGGCGUGGAUGUGUACACCGUGGCCGCCGGCGCGGUGGGCGCGCUGUACGGUCCGCUGCACGGCGGCGCCAACGAGGCCGUGCUGCGCAUGCUGCGUCGCAUCGGGCACGUGGACGCCGUGCCCGGGUUCCUGGAGGGGGUGAAGAACCGCAAGGAGAAGAUGUUUGGCUUCGGGCACCGCGUCUACAAGAACUAUGACCCACGGGCCAAGCUCAUCCAGGCCGUGGCGGAGGAGGUGUUCGACAUCGCGGGCCGGAACCCGCUCAUCGACGUCGCGCUGGCGCUGGAGAAGGCUGCCCGCGCUGACGACUACUUUGUGUCACGCAAGCUCUACCCCAACGUCGACUUCUUCUCGGGCCUGGUCUACUCCGCCAUGGGCUUCCAGCCCAACUUCUUCACCGUGCUCUUUGCCAUCCCGCGCAUCACGGGCUACCUCGCACAUUGGCGCGAGACACUCGCCGACCCAGACACCAAGAUUGUCAGGCCGCAGCAGGACUACACGGGCGUGUGGCUGAGGGACUACAAGCCGAUGAAGGACCGGGUGCCUGGCAAGCCAGAGGAGACGGUGGGCGAUGUGAAGCCGUCGGGCGCGUACAUCCGCCGCAUCUCCGGCACCAACUGGCAGUAG